AUGACGGAACUCGACUUUAUGUCUGAAGAUGAACGCUCGAUUGAGCUAUCUUCCAUCUCUGCUAUCUAUCCAGAAAUCAAGAUAGACCCCUCCUCUCCUUUCAAAGCAUCUCUUGACCUGCCUGUCGUGCCUUCAACGCCUUUACAUGUUUCUUUCCAGCAGCAACCGGAUGUCGGGUUUCCAACCGUCCUGACCCCUCCUACGUCUCUUGAUGCUAGUGAAGUUGGCCUUGGCUCUGGAAUUAAGGUUGGAUUGGAUUCUCCGACUCUGGAUUCAGAGAAAGAUGUCCAUGUCCUUUCUCACCUCCCCCCGCUCAGUCUCGAAAUCGAACUCCCAGAAGGUUAUCCGUCCGAGAGAGCACCUAUUUUUGAGAUCAGCACAAAUCCUCCUUGGCUUCCCUCGUCAAUCGUUUCAAAACUGGUAGAUGACGGUACACGGCUAUGGGAAGAAUGCGGGAGAGACCUUGUGGUGUUCUCUUAUAUUGAUCAUCUUCAGCAACUGGCUGAGACGGUUUUUGGAAUCGAUGACAUCCCUGACGGUGAAGUGCGUUUGCCUCGUGAUCUAAAGAUUGCACUGCUAGAUUUUAGCAACAAGGCCGAGAGAGAAAAAUUCGAACAAGAGACUUUUGAGUGCGGAGUUUGCCUGGAACCAAAGAAAGGGACCAACUGCUACCGCCUCUUGCUUUGCUCUCAUGUCUUCUGUGUACCAUGCCUCCAGGACUUUUACAACACUUGCAUCACCGAGGGAGAUGUCGACAGUGUCAAAUGUCUAGCUCCUGACUGUGGCAAAGAAUACCCCGCCGCAAAAACCCUUGAAACCCACGGAAAGAAGCGCAAAAAACACGACCGGACUCUCAGCCCGAGCGAAUUGUUGCAAAUCCCCCUUGAGCAAGAAACAGUUCAGCGCUAUGUUUUUCUCAAAAGAAAGAAGAAACUCGAAGCUGAUAAGACUACUGUGUAUUGUCCUCGGAAGUGGUGUCAGGGUGCUGCCCGGUCGAAACGACACCCCAAACCCAUCGAUCCCAUGACCGAUGACUUGGAUGCUUCUGAUGAAGAAGAUGAUGGGCAAGUGUUCGAUCCUCUAGGGGAUGAGUCACAGUUGCCUCCCAUGGCCGACCGUGUGGCAAUUUGUGAGGAUUGCAACUAUGCCUUCUGCUGCGUUUGCAAAAAGGGCUGGCACGGUGAACUUACACGAUGUUUCCCACGCCGAGAAGCAGAAUUAUCAGCAGAAGAGAAGGCAACGGAGGAGUAUCUGAAGAAGUACACAUCGCCUUGUCCAACAUGCAAUGCCCCGUGCCAAAAGCAGAUGGGAUGCAACCAUAUGAAAUGCUUCAAAUGCGACACCCACUUUUGCUAUCUCUGCUCGAGCUGGCUGUGUGAGGACAACCCUUACCAGCAUUUCAACUCUCUCGAGAGCCAGUGCUACAAUCGCCUCUGGGACAUGGAGGGUGGCGAUGGCAUCAACCCCGUGGGGGCCGAGGCUCUGCAUCAAAUACCUGAUGAGCUGCUUGAAUUUGAUGAUAAUAGCGAUGGUGAAGACAACCCUGUGUGGGAUUUUGAUGACAGUGAUGAUGAUUUUGACCGACGAAGACGCCCACCACCUCCUGCUCCCAUACCUCCACGAGUCAACCUAGUUGGCGGUGGCCCCGGAAAUAAUAACCGAGGACGCAAUGGAAAUGGCCUGGAUGCCGCUGGUCGAGCGGCGGCCGCAGAGAGACAGGCACAGGCUCGGGCGAUGGCGGAAGUACGAGCCCGGCAGAAUGGAGAGCGAGAUGCCAGAGCGCCGCCACCAAACCAGGAGCAAGAAAGACGAGCCGGUCUUCAGCGGUUCUUAUACCUAGUUCAGAACGACCGGGAAGAUGAAUGGGACAGUGACGAACUGGAUGAUGACUUUUGA